CGAGCUGCAGUCAGGGGUUGCUCUCUCGUUCUGGGUGCCGCUGGAUUCACCGCGGCAGGAAUCACCGCUGGGUCAAUGGCUGCAGGCAUGAAGUCAGCAGCUGCCGUAGCGAACGGAGGGGCGGUGGCAGCGGGCACUACAGUGGCCGUGUUGCAGUCAGUAGGUGCGGCUGGUCUGGGGGCAGUGGCUACUGCUGCAACUGCUAGUGGAGGAGCAGCAGCUGCACUGGCUCUAAAAGAGGCUCUAGAAUCAGCUGCAACUUAAUCGAUAUGCUCCCCUCUUGUCAAGCAGAUUUCUUAAUUAGGUUUUAGUUAUUUGCAAUGGGCUUCACAACAUAAUUUUUGGCUGCAUUGUGUAGCCAGUAAUUCUUCAAGUUUCCCCAUUUGCCUUAAAAAUCCUUGAUAACAGACGAUUGACAACCAUCUUAAGAAUUUUACCUUGUUAAACAUAAUUCUGAUUUCUUUAUGCUAACAAAAUGUAGCCAUCUGAACUAAAUCCCAUUAGAAAAGGAAUGUGCAUGUACAUCAUGGCUCAUUUGUUCAGUAUUUAAGAAGAGCAACAAUGCUUUAAAAAGUUCAACACCAGGCCCGAAGGAAGUAAAGCAUAUAGUGGCUUACUUUGCAAGUAAAAAAACAACUCGGAAAAUAAAAAUGUUCCCCUUAGUAGGUAACGGUAAGAUAGUUAGGAAACGACUCACUGAUUUAUAUAAAAUGGACAAGUACAGUUUAUGGCUAUGCCUGUUCAAAUUGAAAAUGCAGAAGAGAUAGGCCUACUGUGUGUAACUAUAUUAGCGCAAUAAGCAUUGUUCAAAUAAAAGACAUCAACAUA